AUGGAUGGAGGAGAGGAGACGUGUGUGUGUGUGUGUGGACAGUGUUGAGCUGUGAGUUAGGGAGACUUAAUCAGCAGGUUAUAUUUAACCAGUUAAGGUGAUUCCAGUAAUGACACAAUGCGCAGAGAAGCCUAUGUCUCAUCCUAGGAGUGUGUGUAUGUGGGCGUUUGGUGUGUGUGUGUUUUGUGAGAGGCCAUUUGUUGAUUUAGCUGGUGAGUGCUGAAGUGUCCUGUGAUUAAGGUUAAUCCCUGACUCCAGUGAUGUAAAAUCUCUCGCUCGCUCUUCGAUCCUUAUUCCACUGAAGAACACCCACCAAACAUUGUGCGCUUUGCAUGCACAAAUGCCCUCUCUGCAAACAAGGAUCCUCUCUACACACUAACUCUGUGUGUGAGUUUGUGCGCGUUUACAAAUAUAUAUGCAUGUGUACAAUCGUUUGUGUGUGUGCAGAGGUCGCAGGAAGGCAGAAUCCUUGUUCCCUGGUGUGUCUGUGUGCCACUGACAGGAACAGAGGAGGAAAGGGAGGGGAGGGGCUUGGGCUUAUGAGGAAAUGAUGCUUAGGGUCUGGAGAAAAGAUAAAGAGGAGAGGGAAGGGGGAACAGGAAAUAGUUUGUUCUCUCAAUUCAAAGGGCUUUAUUGGCAUGGGAAACGUAUGUUUACAUUGCCAAAGCAAGUGAAAUAGACAAUAAACAAAAUGUAUACCGGUUCCACAGUAAUAUCACGGUAUCAACACCUCAUGAUACUGAUGAUUCCAACAUCUUAGAAUGCUGUAGUAUCGUUUAAUAUGAUACUAACACAUUUUUCUGGACCUACCGAACUAAAGAACCCGCUGGCGCCUGUUAUAAAAUGUUAAUAAAGUCUGUUUUGUUUAUAAAUUCAGCUGAAUUUUUUAAGCAACUGCAACUAGUCUCUUGUAUGCACCGGGCCAAUAAUGUCCACUUCACUUUCAUGCGCAUAUCACGCAUGGCAGUUGUAAUCAGCCGGCCGGCAGCCCAUCCCCUAGCAGCCAUCACUCACCUGAUUCCCUCUGGCCACUCUAUUUUUUAAAAUAUAAUUUAGCCAUGAUGGCAAGCGGGGAUGCAGUCCCUAAUUAGUCUUCUGUUACAUGUGUACAUUUGAUGUAUUGGAGCAGUGCAGAGAGCUAGCAAAGUUGAUACAUUGUAUCAUUUCAUCCCUGGUAUAACCAAGAGCACAGGCCAGUCUGAGUAGACUGCAAUUUGUCUGUCUCGUUGAGUGCCAGAGAGGACAAAUAGAGCACAGCUUCUUGACAGGCAUGCUUGCAGCUUUACAGCAAAGAAAAGGGUGUGUCUCUAGCUCAAACGGUAAAAGAAAUAUGACCCAUAUUACCGGCGCUACCUUUUUUCUUCCUAUGCGAUUUUGCGCGCAUUUAAUUUAAUUUCACAAACCAUGUCGCGGGCCGUUUUAUACUAAUCGCGGGUCGCUAAUUAUUGAUUUGACAAACAUUGUUCAGUCAUGUUACUUAGCUAACAACCUGCUAACUUGACAGGAUGUCUAGGCAAAUUUGAUUGGCACAGGAAGAAAGGAAAAAGGUCUGCUUCCCUGCUCAUGAGAUGUGUUUUAAAGAUACAGUGCGUUCAGAAAAGUAUUCAGACCCCUUGACUUUUUCCACAUUUUGUUACGUUACAGCCUUAUUCUAAAAUGGAUUAAAUAUUUUAAUUUUUUUCUCAUCAAUCUACACACAGUACCCCAUAAUGACAAAGCAAAAGCAGUUUUUUAAAAACAUUUUUGCACAUUUAUAAAAUAAAAUAAACAUAUCACAUUUACAUAAGUAUUCAGACCCUUUACUCAGUACUUUGUUGAAGCACCUUUGGCAGCAAUUAGAGCCUCGAGUCUUCUUGGGUAUGAUGCUACAAGCUUGGCACACCUGUAUUUGGGGAGUUUCUCCCAUUCUUCUCUGCAGAUCCUCUCAAGCUCUGUAAGGAUGGAUAGGGAGCGUCGCUGCACAGCUAUUUUCACGUCUCUCCAGAGAUGAUAGAUCGGGUUCAAGUCCGGGCCCUGACUGGGCCACUCAGAGACUUGUCCCGAAGCCACUCCUGCGUUGUCUUGGCUGUGUGCUUAGGGUUCUUGUCCUGUUGGAAGGUGAACCUUCGCCCCAGUCUGAGGUCUUGAGCGCUCUGGAGCAGGUUUUCAUCAAGGAUCUCUCUGCACUUUGCUCCGUUCAUCUUUCCCUCUGUCCUGACUAGUCUCCCAGUCCCUGCCGCUGAAAAACAUCCCCACAGCAUGAUGCUACCACCACCAUGUUUCACCGUAGGCAUGGUGCCAGGUUUCCUCCAGACAUGACGCUUGGCAUUCAGGCCAAAGAGUUAAAUCUUAGUUUCAUCAGACCAGAUAAACUUGUUUCUCAUGGUGUGAGAGUCUUUAGGUGCUUUUUGGCAAGCUUCAUGCGGGCUGUCAUGUGCCUUUUACUGAGGAGUGGCUUCCGUCUGGCCACUCUACCAUAAAGGCCUGAUUGGUGGAGUGCUGCAGAGAUGGUUGUCCUUCUGGAAGGUUCUCCAAUCUCCACAGAGGAACUCUGGAGCUCUGUCAGAGUGACCAUUGGGUUCUUGGUCACCUUCCUGACCAAGGCCCUUCUCCCCCGAUUGCUCAGUUUGGCCAGGCGGCCAGCGCUAGGAAGUCUUGGUGGUUCCUAACUUCUUCCAUUUAAGAGUGAUGGAAGCCAAUGUGUUCUUGGGGAUUUUCAAUGCUGCAGAAUUGUUUUGGGUACCCUUCCCCAGAUCUGUGCCAUGACACAAUCCUAUCUCUGAGUUCUACGGACAGUUCCUUCGUCCUCAUGGCUUGGUUUUUGCUCUGACAUGCACUGUCAACUGUGUGCCUUUCCAAAUCAUGUCCAAUCAAUUGAAGGGCAGGAUGCUAGGCCACUGAAUUUUUAUCCCUGUGAUAUCGCGAUACUACUCGGUAAAUAAACAAGGGUCAAUGAACAAUUAGAUAUUAACAGACCAUUACACUCACAAAAGUUUUUAAAAGAAUAUAGACAUUUCAAAUGUUACACUGAACAAAAAUAUAAACGCAACAUGCAACAAUUUCAAAGAUUUUACUGAGUUACAGUUCGUAUAAGAAAAUGAAUCAAUUGAAAUUAAUGAAUUAGGCCCUGAUCUAUGGAUUUCACAUGACUGGGAAUACAGAUAUGUACAGUGAGGGGAAAAUAGUAUUUGAUCCCCUGCUGAUUUUGUAUGUUUGCCCACUGACAAAGAAAUUAUCAGUCUAUAAUUUUAAUGGUAUGUUUAUUUGAACAGUGAGAGACAGAAUAACAACAAAAAAAUCAGAAAAACACACAUCAAAAAUGUUAUAAAUUGAUUUGCAUUUUAAUGAGGGAAAUAAGUAUUUGACCCCUCUGCAAAACAUGACUUAGUACUUGGUGGCAAAACCCUUGUUGGCAAUCACAGAGGUCAGACGUUUCUUGUAGUUGGGCACCAGAUUUGCACACAUCUCAGGAGGGAUUUUGUUCCACUCCUCUUUGCAGAUCUUCUCCAAGUCAUUAAGGUUUCUAGGCUGACGUUUGGCAACUCGAACCUUCAGCUCCCUCCACAGAUUUUCUAUGGGAUUAUGCUCUGGAGACUGGCUAGGCCACUCCAGGACCUUAAUGUGCUUCUUCUUGAGCCACUCCUUUGUUGCUUUGGCUGUGUGUUUUGGGUCAUUGUCAUGCUGGAAUACCCAUCCACGACCCAUUUUCAAUGCCCUGGCUGAGGGAAGGAGGUUCUCAUCCAAGAUUUGAAGGUACAUGGCCCCGUCCAUCGUACCUUUGAUGCGAAGAAGUUGUCCUGUACCCUUAGCAGAAAAACACCCCCAAAGCAUAAUGUUUCCACCUCCAUGUUUGACGGUGGGGAUGGUGUUCUUGGGGUCAUAGGCAGCAUUCCUCCUCCUCCAAACACGGCGAGUUGAGUUGAUGACCACAACACUUUCAUCCAGUUCUCCUCUGAAUCAUUCAAAGGUUCAUUGGCAAACUUCAGACUGGCAUAUAUAUAUGCUUUCUUGAGCAGGGGGACCUUGCGGGCACUGCAGGAUUUCAGUCCUUCACGGCGUAGUGUGUUACCAAUUGUUUUCUUGGUGACUAUGGUCCCAGCUGCCUUGAGAUCAUUGACAAGAUCCUCCCGUGUAGUUCUGGGCUGAUUCCUCACCGUUCUCAUGAUCAUUGGAACUCCACGUGGUGAGAUCUUGCAUGGAGCCCCAGGCCGAGGGAGAUUGACAGUUCUUUUGUGUUUCUUCCAUUUGCGAAUAAUCGCACCAACUGUUGUCACCUUCUCACCAAGCUGCUUGGCGAUGGUCUUGUAGCCUAUUCCAGCCUUGUGUAGGUCUACAAUCUUGUCCCUGACAUCCUUGGAGAGCUCUUUGGUCUUGGCCAUGGUGGAGAGUUUGGAAUCUGAUUGAUUGCUUCUGUGGACAGGUGUCUUUUUAUAUACAGUGGGGGAAAAAAAGUAUUUAGUCAGCCACCAAUUGUGCAAGUUCUCCCACUUAAAAAGAUGAGAGAGGCCUGUAAUUUUCAUCAUAGGUACACGUCAACUAUGACAGAUAAAGUGAGGAAAAAAAAUCCAGAAAAUCACAUUGUAGGAUUCUUUAUGAAUUUAUUUGCAAAUUAUGGUGGAAAAUAAGUAUUUGGUCACCUACAAACAAGCAAGAUUUCUGGCUCUCACAGACCUGUAACUUCUUCUUUAAGAGGCUCCUCUGUCCUCCACUCGUUACCUGUAUUAAUGGCACCUGUUUGAACUUGUUGUCAGUAUAAAAGACACCUGUCCACAACCUCAAACAGUCACACUCCAAACUCCACUAUGGCCAAGACCAAAGAGCUGUCAAAGGACAAAAUUGUAGACCUGCACCAGGCUGGGAAGACUGAAUCUGCAAUAGGUAAGCAGCUUGGUUUGAAGAAAUCAACUGUGGGAGCAAUUAUUAGGAAAUGGAAGACAUACAAGACCACUGAUAAUCUCCCUCGAUCUGGGACUCCACGCAAGAUCUCACCCCGUGGGGUCAAAAUGAUCACAUGAACGGUGAGCAAAAAUCCCAGAACCACACGGGGGGACCUAGUGAAUGACCUGCAGAGAGCUGGGACCAAAGUAACAAAGCCUACCAUCAGUAACACACUACGCCGCCAGGGACUCAAAUCCUGCAGUGCGAGACGUGUCCCCCUGCUUAAGCCAGUACAUGUCCAGGCCCGUCUGAAGUUUGCUAGAGUGCAUUUGGAUGAUUCAGAAGAGGAUUGGGAGAAUGUCAUAUGGUCAGAUGAAACCAAAAUAGAACUUUUUGGUAAAAACUCAACUCGUCGUGUUUGGAGGACAAAGAAUGCUGAGUUGCAUCCAAAGAACACCAUACCUACUGUGAAGCAUGGAGUGGAAACAUCAUGCUUUGGGGCUGUUUUUCUGCAAAGGGACCAGGACGACUGAUCCGUGUAAAGGAAAGAAUGAAUGGGGCCAUGUAUCGUGAGAUGUUGAGUGAAAACCUCCUUCCAUCAGCAAGGGCAUUGAAGAUGAAACGUGGCUGGGUCUUUCAGCAUGACAAUGAUCCCAAACACAAUGCCCGGGCAACGAAGUAGUGGCUUCGUAAGAAGCAUUUCAAGGUCCAGGAGUGGCCUAGCCAGUCUCCAGAUCUCAACACCAUAGAAAAUCUUUGGAGGGAGUUGAAAGUCCUUGUUGCCCAGCGACAGCCCCAAAACAUCACUGCUCUAGAGGAGAUCUGCAUGGACGAAUGGGCCAAAAUACCAGCAACAGUGUGUGAAAACCUUGUGAAGACUUACAGAAAACGUUUGACCUGUGUCAUUGCCAACAAAGGGUAUAUAACAAAGUAUUGAGAAACUUUUGUUAUUGACCAAAUACUUAUUUUCUACCAUAAUUUGCAAAUAAAUUCAUAAAAAAUCCUACAAUGUGAUUUUCUGGAUUUUUUUUUCUUCUCAUUUUGUCUGUCAUAGUUGACGUGUACCUAUGAUGAAAAUUACAGGCCUCAUCUUUUUAAGUGGGAGAACUUGCACAAUUGGUGGCUGACUAAAUGCUUUUUCCCCCCACUGUGUGUGUGUGUGUGUGUGUGUGUGUAUAUAUAUAUAUAUAUAUAUAUAUAAAUAUUGAUGUUGGCCUUUACUACUAAAGCCAAUAGAAACGCACUGAAUAACACAUUCAUUUAUACCAAAAAGGACAGUCCAAAAAUAAAUCAUAAGAAACAAGGUUUUGAAGUGUCUGUCCUAAAUCUACGAGAUAUAUAUUUUUUUUAACUCUGGAAAUAUUUAGCUAUUAGUUUUUUUUUUUUUACACAUCUUUAACCCCUUUUUUGUUUUUGGGUAGGCACAAAACUACCUUCAUACUUCCAUUUGUUUUUAUAAUCUGUACCGGUUACCUUCAGACGGGUCCCGUGACACUUGUGGGGGUCAUAGAGCAAAACUGAGAACAUCAUCGUGUUCGUGAGAGUCUUCCCUUUCCGUUCGGACGCUACAAAUGUUUAUGUGAGAAGGCUGAUUUUUGGGAUGUCUCAUGGUCUGACAAACACUACUCGCCACCUUCCACCGCAGCUCGACACUGGCGGAUGCGGUUGAUUGAGACGCAUCCAAUGCAAAAUCUCUAGCUUAAACUGGUGGAUUUUGAUGGGGAUCUUUUUGUAAUGUAACUCAAUCGACUCUAGGUGGUUAAUCAGCUUCUUGGUAUGCCACACCUGUCAGGUGGAUGGAUUAUCUUGGCAAAGGAGAAAUGCUCACUAACAGGGAUGUAAACAAAUUUCAGCUCAUGAAACAUGGGACCAACACUUCACAUGUUGCCUUUAUAUUUUUGUUCAGUGUAUAUUAUUGGCUUUGUACUAGGGAUGUUAACUGUUAAUCAGUUAGCCCACGAAAAUACAUUUCACUGGUCAUGCUUAUCGGUCUAUAGGUUAAUUUGCAUAAUUUUGUGCAAUUAAAUUGGCGCAUUUGUAUUUUUUUAGUUGUCAUGCAUUUUAUUUAUCACACGAGAACAGCAUAGAGCCUAGUUUGAGGAGCGGAAUAGCCUACCACCUGUCAGACAGCGCGAGAGUAGCCCCUCAAAAAGCCUGUAGGUUACUGGAGUGAAACUGCUUUUGUGUAAUCCCAGAAAUUGCGCAACAAAUAACAAUUCUAAAUACAAAUGCGUGUUAACUUUGGUGGCCACGAUUUAAAAGGAGCUAUUUUUCUCAACUCGUAAACGCGCCUCCCAUUCAACAUUCAGAUGCAUAGGCUAUAGCCUGCCUACCGUUGACUAUCAGUGCGUCACCCACCACUUUGCAAUGUGAGCUUGAGGCAGUAUAAUUGUUUGAAACCUGAACGUUUUAUUUCAAAUAAUGAGGCAUGUCUUACCUGCUUCAAAGUAGCCUUGCGAAAAUCCAUCCAUAGAAACGCGGAGGCAAUUAUUUUAUAAAGACUUCCUCAUGCCAUUAACCAGCAUUUUCUCCUGUUCGAUUGGUUUUCAUAUCAACUUUCUUUCGUUGUCCAGAACACAAAGGCACAAUCCUAGUCAUAUUAGCAACCCAUCAUAGUUGUUGCUGUUAGAAACUUUAAAAGAGGGGGAAUCUAACUGAGAUUUUCAACUCGGUCACAUAUGGAACUGCUCGCAUUUGGUGCGCAGUUCAGAACUGUGUUUUCCGCUAAUUGCAUUUGGGCAAAUGUUUGAAAAUGAUUUAUUAGCUGCUUCAUUACAAAUCAAAUCAAAUUUUAUUUGUCAUAUGAACCAAAUACAACAGGUGUAGACCUUAAUGUGAAAUGCUUACUUACAAGAACUUAACCAACAAUGCAGUUCAAGAAAUAGUUAAUAAAAUAUUUACUAAAUAAAAUAAAGUAAAAAACAUAAUAAAAUAACAAUAAAGAGGCUAUAUACAGGGGGUACCGGUACCAAGUCAAUGUGUGGGGGUACAGGUUAGUUGAGGUAAUUUGUACACUACUGUUCAAAAGUUUGGGGUCACUUAGAAAUGUCCUUGUUUUCGAAAUAAAGGUUUGUCCAUUAAAAUAACAUCAAAUUGAUCAGAAAUACAGUGUAGGCAUUGUUAAUGUUGUAGAAGGAAACGGCAUAUUUUUUUAUGGAAUAUCUACAUAGGCAUACAGAGGCCCAUUAUUAGCAACCAUCAGUCCUGUGUUCCAAUGGCACGUUGUGUUUGCUAAUCCAAGUUUAUCAUUUUAAAAGGCUAAUUGAUCAUUAGAAAACCCUUUUGCAAUUAUUUUAGCACAGCUGAAAACUGUUGUGCUGAUUUAAUGAAGCAAUAAAACUGGCCUUCUUGAGACUAGUUGAGUAUCUGGAGCAUCAGCAAUUGUGGGUUCGAUUACAGAAUCAAAAUGGCCAGAAACAAAUAACUUUCUUCUGAAACUCAUCAGUCUAUUCUUGUUCUGAGAAAUGAAGGCUAUUCCAUGCGAGAAAUUGCCAAGAAACUGAAGAUCUCGUACAACGCUGUGUACUACUCUCUUCACAGAACAGCGCAAACUGGCUCUAACCAGAAUAGAAAGAGGAGUGGGAGGCCCCGGUGCACAACUGAGCAAAAGGACAAAUACAUUAGUGUAUAGUUUGAGAAACAGACGCCUCACAGGUCCUCAACUGGCAGCUUCAUUAAAUAGUACCCGCAAAACACCAGUCUCAACGUCAACAGUGAAAAGGAGACUCCGGGAUGCUGACCUUCUAGGCAGAGUUGCAAAGAAAAAGCUAUAUCUCAGAGUGGCCAAUAAAAAUAAAAUAUUUAAGAUGGGCAAAAGAACACAGACACUGGACAGAGGAAGAUUGGAAAAAAGUGUUAUGGACAGACAAAGUUUGAGGUGUUCGGAUCACAAAGAAGAACAUUUGUGAGACGCAGACCAAAUGAAAAGAUGCUGGAGGAGUGCCAUCUGUCAAGCAUGGUGGAGGCAAUGUGACGGUCUGAGGGUGCUUUGGUGGUGGAAAAGUGGGAGAUUUGUACAGGGUAAAUGGGAUCUGGAAGAAGUAAGGCUAUCACUCCAUUUUGCAACGCCAUGCCAUACCCUGUGGAUGGUGCUUGAUUGGAGCCAAUUUCCUCCUACAACAGGACAAUGACCCAAAGCACAGCUCCAAACUAUGCAAUAACUAUUUAGGGAAGAAGCAGUCAGUUGGUAUAUUGUAUAUAAUGGAGUGGCCAGCACAGUCACCGGAUCUCAAUCCUAUUGAGCUGUUGUGGGAGCAGCUUGACCGUAUGGUACGUAAGAAGUGCCCAUCAAGCCAAUCCAACUUGUGGGAGGUGCUUCAGGAAGCAUGGGGUGAAAUCUCUUCAGAUUACCUCAACAAAUUGACAACUAGAAUGCCAAAGGUCUGCAAGGCUGUAAUUGCUGCAAAUGGAGGAUUAUUUGAUGAAAGAAAAGUUUGAAGGAUAUAAAUAAUAAUUGUAUUAAAAAUCAUUAUUUCUAACCUUGUCAAUAACUACAUUCCCUAUGCAUUUUGCUAGAUUUCCUAUUCAAGCUAAUUUCAUGUAUGUUUUCAUGGAAAACAAGGACAUUUCUAAGUACAUUUUACAUUUACAUUUUAGUCAUUUAGCAGACGCUCUUAUCCAGAGCGACUUACAGGAGCAAUUAGGGUUAAGUGCCUUGCUCAAGGGCACAUUAACGUCAUUUAGCAGACGCUCUUAGCCAGAGCGACUCACAAAUUGGUGCGUUCACCCUAUAGCCAGUGGGAUAACCACUUUACAAUUGGGGGGGGGGGGUAGAAGGAUUCCUUUAUCCUAUCCCAGGUAUUCCUUAAAGAGGUGGGGUUUCAAAUGUCUCCGGAAGGUGGUGAGUGACUCCGCUGUCCUGGCGUCGUGAGGGAGCUUGUUCCACCAUUGGGGUGCCAGAGCAGCAAACAGUUUUGACUGGGCUGAGCGGGAACUAUGCUUCCGCAGAGGAAGGGGAGCCAGCAGGCCAGAGGUGGAUGAGCGCAAUACUCUCGUUUGGGUGUAGGGACUGAUCAUAGCCUGAAGGUACAGAGGUGCAGUUCCCCUCACUGCUCCAUAGGCAAGCACCAUGGUCUUGUAGCGGAUGCGAGCUUCAACUGGAACCAGUGGAGUGUGCGGAGGAGGGGGGGUGACGUGAGAGAACUUGGGAAGGUUAAACACCAGACGGGCUGCAGCAUUCUGGAUGAGUUGUAGGGGUUUAAUGGCACAGGCAGGGAGGCCAGCCAACAGCGAGUUGCAGUAGUCCAGACGGGAGAUGACAAGCGCCUGGACCAGGACCUGUGCCGCUUCCUGUGUAAGGCAGGGUCGUACUCUCCGAAUGUUGUAGAGCAUGAACCUGCAGGAGCGGGUCACCGCCUUGAUGUUGGCGGAGAACGACAGGGUGUUGUCCAGGGUCACGCCUAGGCUCUUCGCACUCUGGGAGGAGGACACAGCGGAGUUGUCAACCGUGAUGGCGAGAUCAUGGAACGGGCAGUCCUUCCCCGGGAGGAAGAGCAGCUCCGUCUUGCCAGGGUUCAGCUUGAGGUGGUGAUCCGUCAUCCAUACUGAUAUGUCUGCCAGACAUGCAGAGAUGCGAUUCGCCACCUGGUUAUCAGAAGGGGGAAAGGAGAAGAUUAGUUGUGUAUCGUCAGCGUAGCAAUGAUAGGAGAGACCAUGUGAGGAUAUGACAGAGCCAAGUGACUUGGUGUAUAGGGAGAAAAGGAGAGGGCCUAGAACUGAGCCUUGGGGGACACCAGUGGUGAGAGCACGUGGUGCGGAGACAGCUUCUCGCCACGCCACUUGGUAGGAGCGACCGGUCAGGUAGGACGCAAUCCAGGAGUGAGCCGCGCCGGAGAUGCCCAGCUCGGAGAGGGUGGAGAGGAGGAUCUGAUGGUUCACAGUAUCAAAGGCAGCAGACAGGUCUAGAAGGACAAGAGCAGAGGAGAGAGAGUUAGCUUUAGCAGUGCGGAGAGUCUCCGUGACACAGAGAAGAGCAGUCUCAGUUGAAUGACCAGUCCUGAAACCUGAUUGGUUUGGAUCAAGAAGGUCAUUCUGAGAGAGAUAGCAAGAGAGUUGGCUAAAGACGGCACGCUCAAUAGUUUUGGAAAGAAAAGAAAGAAGGGAUACUGGUCUGUAGUUGUUGACAUCAGUGGGGUCGAGUGUUGGUUUUUUGAGAAGGGGAGUAACUCUCGCUCUCUUGAAGACGGAAGGGACAUGGCCGGCGGUCAAGGAUGAGUUGAUCAGCGAGGUGAGGUAGGGGAGAAGGUCACCGGAGAUGGUCUGGAGAAGGGAGGAGGGGAUGGGGUCAAGCGGGCAGGUUGUUGGGUGGCCUGCAGUCACAAGUCGCAGGAUUUUAUCUGGAGAGAGAGGGGAGAAAGAAGUCAAAGCAUAGGGUAGGGCAGUGUGAGCAGGACCAGCAGUGUCAUUAGACUUAACAAACGAGGAUCGGAUGUCGUCAACCUUCUUUUCAAAGUGGUUGACGAAGUCAUCCACAGAGAGAGAGGAGGGGGGGGGGGGGGGGGGGAUUCAGGAGGGAGGAAAAUGUGGCAAAGAGCGUCCUAGGGUUAGAGGCAGAUGCUUGGAAUUUAGAGUGGUAGAAGGUGGCCUUAGCAGCAGAAACAGAUGAAGAAAAUGUAGAGAGGAGGGAGUGAAAAGAUGCCAGGUCGGCAGGGAGUUUAGUUUUCUUCCAUUUCCGCUCCGCUGCCCGGAGCUCUGUUCUGUGAGCUCGCAGUGAGUCAUCAAGCCACGGAGCUGGAGGGGAGGACCGAGCCGGCCGGGAGGAUAGGGGACACAGAGAGUCAAAGGAUGCAGAAAGGGAGGAGAGGAGGGUUGAGGAGGCAGAAUCAGGAGAUUGGAGGGAGAAGGAUUGAGCAGAGGGAAGAGAUGAUAGGAUGGAAGAGGAGAGAGUAGUGGGAGAGAGAGAGCGAAGGUUGCGGCGGCGCAUUACCAUCUGUGUAGGGGCAGAGUGAGUAGUGUGGGAGGAGAGCGAGAGAGAAAAGGAAACAAAGUAGUGGUCGGAGACAUGGAGGGGAGUUGCAGUGAGAUUAGUAGAGGAGCAGCAUCUAGUGAAGAUGAGGUCAAGCGUAUUGCCUGCCUUGUGAGUAGGGGGGGACGGUGAGAGGGUGAGGUCCCUCUCAAUAUUUUGGGCCUUCCUCUGACACCGCCAAGUAUAUAGGUCCUGGAUGGCAGGAAGGCCCCAGUGAUGUACUGUAGCGCCUCCUUUUUGAGGAUCUGGGGACCCAUGCCAAAUCUCCUGAGGGGGAAAAGGUGUUGUCGUGCCCUCUUCACGACUGUCUUGGUGUGUUUGGACCAUGAUAGUUUGUUGGUGAGGUGGACACCAAGGAACUUAACUCUCGACCCUCUCCACUAUAGCCCCAUCGAUGUUAAUGGGGGCCUGUUCGGCCCUCCUUUUCCUGUAGUCCACAAGCAGAUCCUUUGUCUUGCUCACAUUGAGGGAGAGGUUGUUGUCCUGGCACCACACUGCCAGGUCUCUGACCUCCUCCCUAUAACUUGUCUCAUCGUUGUCAGUGAUCAGGCUUACAACUGUUGUCGUCAGCAAACUUAAUGAUGGUGUUGGAGUCGUGCUUGGCCAUGCAGUCAUGGGUGAAUAUGGAGUACAGGCAUGGUCUAAGCACGCACCCUUGAGGGGCCCAGUGUUGAGGAUUAGAGUGGCAGAUGUGUUGUUGUCUACCCUUACCACCUGGGGGCGGCCCGUUAGGAAGUCCAGGAUCCAGUUGCAGAGGGAGGUGUUUAUUCCCAGGGUCCUUAGCUUAGUGAUAAGCUUUGUGGGCACUAUGGUGUUGAACGCUGGUGGGAAAAGGGCAGUCUGGAGUGCGAUUGAGAUUGCAUCAUCUGUGGAUCUGUUGGGGCUGUAUGCGAAUUGGAGUGGGUCUUGGUUUUCCGGGAUGAUGGUGUUGAUGUGAGCCAUGACCAACAUUUCAAAGCACUUCAUGGCUACCGACGUGAGUGCUACUGGGUGGUAGUCAUUUAGGCAGGUUACCUUCACUUUCUUGGGCACAAGGGACUAUGGUGGUCUGCUUGAAACAUGUAGGUAUCACAGACUCCGUCAGGGAGAGGUUGAAAAUGUCAGUGAAGACACUUGCCAGUUGGUCCGCGCAUGCUCUGAAUACACGUCCUGGUAAUCCAUCUGGCCCCGCAACCUAGUGAAUGUUGACCUGUUUAAAGGUCUUGCUCACAUCGGCCAAGGAGAGGGUGAUCACAUUGUCAUCCGGAACAGCUGGUGCUCUCAUGCAUGCUUCAGUGUUGCUUGCCUCGAAGCGAGCAUAAAAGGCACUGGGCAGCUUGCGGCUGGGUUUCCCUUUGUUGUCCGUAAUAGUUUGCAAGCCCUGCCACAUUCGACGAGUGUCAGAGCCGGUGUAGUAGGAUUCAAUCUUAGUCCUGUAUUGACGCUUUGCCUGCGGGAUUUCUUAUAAGUGUCCGGAUUAGUGUCCCGCUCCUUGAAAGCAGCAGCUCUAGCCUUUAGCUCGGUGUGGAUGUUGCCGGUAAUCCAUGGCUUCUGGUUGGGAUAUGUACGUACGGUCACUGUGGGGACAACGUCGUCGAUGCACUUAUUGAUGAAGCCGGUGACUGAGGUGGUAUACUCUUCAAUGCAAUUGGAUGAAUCCCGGGACAUAUUCCAGUCUGUGCCAGAAAAGCAGUCCUGUAGCGUAGCAUCCGCGUCAUCUGAACACUUCCGUGUUGAGCGAGUCACUGGUACUAACUGCUUUUAGUUUUUGCUUGUAAGCAGGAAUCAGAAGGAUAUAAUUAUGGUCUAAUUUGCCAAAUGGAGGGUGAGGGAGAGCUUUGUAUGUAUCUCUGUGUGUGGAGUAAAGGUGGUCUAGAGUUUUUUAAAAUAUUUUUUCCAUCUGGUUGCACAUGUGACAUGCUGGUAGAAAUGAGGUAAAACGACUUUGCCUGCAUUAAAGUCCCCGGCCGCUAGGAGAGCCGCUUCUGGAUGUGCAUUUUCUUGUUUGCUUAUGGCCUUAUACAGCUCUUUGAGCGCGGUCUCUUAGUGCCAGCAUAGGUUUGUGGUGGUAAAUAGAUGGCUUUGAAUAAUAUAGAUGAAAACUCUCUUGGUAGAUAGUUUGGUCUACAGUUGAUCAUGAGGUACUGUACCUCAGGUAAGCAAGACCUCGAGACCUCUUUUAAUAUUAGACAUCGUGCACCAGCUGUUAUUGACAAAUAGACACACACCCCCACCCCUCGUCUUACCAGACGUAGCUGUUCUGUCCUGCCGAUGCACGGAAAACCCAGCCAGCUCUAUAUUAUCCAUGUCGUCGUUCAGCUACGACUCUGUGAAACAUAAGAUAUUACAGUUUUUAAUGUCCUGUUGAUAGGAUAGUCUGGAUCGUAGAUCAUCCAGUUUAUUUUCCAAUGAUUGCACGUUGGCAAAUAGAACGGAUGGUAGAGGCGGUUUACAUGUUGCAUGUUCAAUAAUAGGCUAGCCUUUUGACUGUAAGACGAUAGGCUUGCUAUUGUUGCAUGUUUCCAUUACGCUGUUAAUGAAAAAUGUCCGGUCCUUGUAUGCAUGCAUAGUAUCAGAGAGGAAGAGGCGAAGCUAGAGGUUUCAUUCUCGCCAAAAUCUGUCCAAAAUAAGUCGGGUGCGUUUCUACGGGCUUGUUUUGGGCCUAAGCUUGUCGCCUGUCUUCCCGCCUUUGGACGACUCUGAUAGUAUUUUCUGCUGGUCACGUCAUUUGUUGACCGGUUAAUGAGGGUCAGUUUGUUGGCAGCAAAAUUGACCGAAAUUUGCAUCCCUACAUUGUACAGUCGGUCACUCGCUCUCUCUGUCUCUCUCUUGCAGGGCAGGUGAGACAGAGAUGCCAUUGCAGACAUAAUUGUGUUGUAAUGGUGGGAGGGUUUUAUCUCUGUGUCAAGGCCCUGUACACCUGUACUACAGAGGGAAAUAUGAUGAUUUACUCAACAUCACGAUGCACAUCAACCCUGUCACCUCUCUGCCUGGACCAUCUCAUUGUCUACUGCUGCUAUACCUCCGCAUCAAAUGGCAUCUGCACAACACAUUCUUUAAGUGACUGGGGGGUGUGGGUGCCUGAGGAUCUGAGUGUAUCUGUGUCUUGAGAGUACAGGUGUGUCUUGAGAGUACAGGUGUGUCUUGAGAGUACAGGUGUGUCUUGAGAGUACAGGUGUGUCUUGAGAGUACAGGUGUGUCUUGAGAGUACAGGUGUGUCUUGAGAGUACAGGUGUAGCUAGCUAAUCAAAUGGCCUAACUGAAUCAUUAAGCACUCGUCUCUUCUGACCGUUCUGAGGUAGUAAACAGGGCAUCUUUCUCUCCCUCUUUUUCUCUCCCCCUCUUAGUGGUGAUGAAGUGACACUGCUCACAACAGCUCAGUUAACAACCGCACAAUCAGUCAUAGUGUGCGUUAAGUGUUGUGUGAGAGGGUGCUUUUUUGUAUGUGUUACUGUGAGAUGGCCACAUGCUUUAAAUAACCUCUUCUUCAGAGUUGACUGGUGUGUGUGUGUGUAGAAUGAUAGUCACGCAAUCAUAGAGAAGAGAAGUGAGAAUACCAAUUAACAAUCUCCUAACAUCCUCUCUUUUCCUUUCUCUGCUCGUCUCUCCCCUGCUCCCUUCUCCCUUCCGUCAUCUACCAUUCUCCUUACUUCCAUCCUCCUCUCAUCUCUCCCCUGCUUCCUGCUUCCUUCUGUCAUCUACCAUUCUCCUUACUUCCAUCCUCCUCUCAUCUCUCCCCUGCUUCCUGCUUCCUUCUGUCAUCUACCAUUCUCCUUACUUCCAUCCUCCUCUCAUCUCUCCCCUGCUUCCUGCUUCCUUCUGUCAUCUACCGUUCUCCUUACUUCCAUCCUCCUCUCAUCUCUCCCCUGCUUCCUGCUUCCUUCUGUCAUCUACCAUUCUCCUUACUUCCAUCCUCCUCAUCUCUCCCCUGCUUCCUGCUUCCUUCUGUCAUCUACCAUUCUCCUUACUUCAUCCUCCUCUCAUCUCUCCCCUGCUUCCUUCUGUCAUCUACCAUUCUCCUUACUUCAUCCUCCUCUCAUCUCUCCCCUGCUCCCUUCUCCCUUCCGUCAUCUACCAUUCUCCUUACUUCAUCCUCUCUCAUCUCCUCUCCUCCCUGCAUCUCAUUCCCCUCUUCCAGUCGCUUCCUUCUUACCUCUACCAUCUCCUCCUUACUUCAUCCUUCUCUUCAUUCCUUCUCCUCUCUCUCAUUUCCUGCUUCCUUCUGUCAUCUCCUUCCUUACUUCAUCCUCCUCUCAUCUCUCCCCUGCUUCCUGCUUCCUUCUGUCAUCUACCGUUCUCCUUACUUCCAUCCUCCUCUCAUCUCUCCCCUGCUUCCUGCUUCCUUCUGUCAUCUACCGUUCUCCUUACUUCCAUCCUCCUCUCAUCUCUCCCCUGCUUCCUGCUUCCUUCUGUCAUCUACCGUUCUCCUUACUUCCAUCCUCCUCUCAUCUCUCCCCUCCUCUCUCCUAACCUCUAGUAGCUUAGUUCCUCUCAAGGUUUCUACCUAAGCAGGGAUUUCCACCUGGCCAUUGUCACCUGUGCUUCCUGGUGGAGAAUUAAGACUAGCAGCUCACUGUUAAGCACUUUGUGACAAACACCAUUUGAUUGAAGAUUGAUUGACUAGGCCUCAAUCAGUUAAUCAAUUGAUAAGAUUGCGUCUGAUAGUGCGUCAUUAACUCUUUAAUCUGUAGUGUUCUGGUCCCUGUGUUUUUUAGGUCAACUUAUGUACCGUCUGUAAACCCAUACCAGUUCUGCCACUGUAGAGAGAGAGGUGGCGAAAGAAGGAAGGAUUUGGAGGAAAGGGGAAGAGGGAGGUGAUUGAGGUGUCAGGAGAAAAGGCCUAGUAGGACUGUAGGCUAGUUGUUGUUUUUCACCUCACAGAGGGGUGUGCCCAGCCAUGUGUGUUUUUCACCUCACAGAGGGGUGUGCCCAGCCGUGUGUGUUUUUCACCUCACAGAGGGGUGUGCCCAGCCGUGUGUGUUUUUCACCUCACAGAGGGGUGUGCCCAGCCGUGUGUGUUUUUCACCUCACAGAGGGGUGUGCCCAGUCGCGUGUUUUUCACCUCACAGAGGGGUGUGCCCAGCCGCGUGUUUUUCACCUCACAGAGGGGUGUGCCCAGCCGUGUGUGUGUGUGUUUUGACCUAACUAAACACACGCGACUGGGCACCCCCUGAGGGUUGUGCCCAGUCGCGUGUGUUUUUCUUUGAAAGGUUGUUCCUGUGACAUCUCGUUAGCUGUCUAUUUUAGCAGCAGUAAUGCUAAUUGGCUAAUGCCACAGGGAGAGACAGACUGACACACGGGAGCAUACACACAGAGUACUGACAAACACCAUAUUGUUACAGUCACAUUACACACAACAAACACCUCCAAUUUUUUUUAUGUUUAUCUGAGUUUGUACAUGUCGUGUGUGAGUUAUAUGUUCAUAUAUAUUUACUAUAAAAAGCUAAAAUAUACCUCCACAACAGACAUGAACAGUAUUUUAUUUUCACUGAUUGUCAUCUGAGAUGUGAAAAAUCUCUAGUGAUGAUGAUGAUGAUGUGGUGUAUCAGCUGUAACAACACAUGCACACACGUCCCAUGAAGGCAACGAGGCGGUUCCCGUGGCAACACAAGGGCUUUUCUUUGCGAGCUGUUUAGAUGGGUGUCAGUAGAUUUUGUGUCCUAGUGUGUAAACGUUUUAGUGUCAGUGAUGUGUAGAUAAUAUGCAGACAGUAGAGGUGUAAGAUGACGCUCACCCCCUGUCAUUGUGGUCCAUUUGAGGCACAUUGUAAUGGUGUGUCUGAUAGGGGAUUUGCUCAAUGAGAUGAGGAUAUUGUUCUCUUACUAUGGCUAAUCCACUAGAAAGGCCUACUCAAAUGAAAGGUGUAUGUGUGCACAGUUCAACUGAACUGGAUGUGCAGACCCCAGAAGCUUUGUUGGCAAUGACAUGACCUUUCCUACAUUUAGUUAGGUCAAAACACACACACACACCUAAAGCUGAUGUCAUAAUGUCAAAGAAACAACCCUGACAGUGUGUAUUUCUCUGUUUCAGGGUUUCUGCUGUUUAAGGAUUUUUGUUUGAAUGAAAUAGAUGAGGCCGUACCACAGCUCAAGUUCUACGAAGAAGUAAGAGAAACACACCUGUCUGUCUGCCUCUCGCUCGCUCUCUCCUCUCUCUCUCCUUCCUUCCUCGCUCUCUCUCUUCUCUCGCUCUCCCUCCUAUCCCGCUCGCUCUCUCCUCUCUCUCUCGCUCUCUCUUCUCUCGCUCUCCCUCCUCUCUCUCGCUCUCCCUCCUCUCUCGCUCUCCCUCCUCUCUCGCUCUCCCUCCUCUCUCGCUCUCCCUCCUCUCUCACUCUCUCUCCUCUCGCUCUCUGUGUGGUCACUGGUCAGAGAGCAGAAGUCUAGUGUGUGUCAGUUGUAUUAAAGUGCAUGUGAGACGUUUGAGAUUAGGCUAAUUCCAUGGUUUCAAAGGAAGUGUGUUUGUGUUAACCCUGUGUGUGUAUCAGAUUAAGGACUAUGAGAAGUUGGAUUCUGAAGAGGAGAGGUUGUGUCGUAGCAGACAGAUCUAUGACGGAUACAUCAUGAAGGAACUCCUCUCCUGCUCACAUGUAAGGUCAACAUGGGACGCACUUUUCCUCCUCUCUCAGGGAGGAAGUUUACAUGAAUAAACACAAUGCAACACCCCAUCUUAUCUAAAACACUUUACAUGGCAUACUGCACUGGGAAUGACUGUCACACCGCUAUAUUUGUUACAUGGCCCUCCUCUCUCUCUCCUCCACCCCCCAUACUCUUCUCCAUUUCCCCCCUUCUCUCUCCCUCUUUAUCCCUCUCAGCCCUUCUCUAAGAAAGCAGUGGACCACGUUCAGACUCACCUGGCCAAGAAACAGGUGCCUCCCUCUCUCUUCCAGGUAAGGAACACACACACACACACACACACACACACACACACACACACACACACACACACACACACACACACACACACACUCUCACUGCAGCACCAAUCUAACUCCUGUGUGUGUCUCUGUGCAGUCCCACAUAGUGGGGGUCCGACACACACACACCCUUCCCCUGUUCUAUUAUUAUGAUUUAAUGACCAUUGGUAUUUAUCCUGCUACUAGUCACUUUUACCCCUGUUUACAUGUACAUGCCUACCUCAGUCACUCCAGUAGCCCUGUUAAAUGUACAUGCCUACCUCAGUCACUCCAGUAGCCCUGUUAAAUGUACAAGCCUACCUCAGUCACUCCAGUAGCCCUGUUAAAUGUACAAGCCUACCUCAAUCACUCCAGUAGCCCUAUUAAAUGUACAUGCCUACCUCAAUCACUCCAGUAGCCCUGUUAAAUGUACAUGCCUACCUCAAUCACUCCAGUAGCCCUAUUAAAUGUACAAGCCUACCUCAAUCACUCCAGUAUCCCUGUUAAAUGUACAAGCCUACCUCAGUCACUCCAGUAUCCCUGUUAAAUGUACAAGCCUACCUCAGUCACUCCAGUAGCCCUAUUAAAUGUACAUGCCUACCUCAAUCACUCCAGUAGCCCUGUUAAAUGUACAAGCCUACCUCAAUCACUCCAGUAUCCCUGUUAAAUGUACAUGCCUACCUCAGUCACUCCAGUAGCCCUAUUAAAUGUACAUGCCUACCUCAAUCACUCCAGUAGCCCUGUUAAAUGUACAAGCCUACCUCAAUCACUCCAGUAUCCCUGUUAAAUGUACAAGCCUACCUCAAUCACUCCAGUAUCCCUGUUAAAUGUACAUGCCUACCUCAAUCACUCCAGUAGCCCUAUUAAAUGUACAAGCCUACCUCAAUCACUCCAGUAGCCCUGUUAAAUGUACAUGCCUACCUCAAUCACUCCAGUAGCCCUAUUAAAUGUACAAGCCUACCUCAAUCACUCCAGUAGCCCUGUUAAAUGUACAAGCCUACCUCAAUCACUCCAGUAUCCCUGUUAAAUGUACAUGCCUACCUCAAUCACUCCAGUAGCCCUAUUAAAUGUACAAGCCUACCUCAAUCACUCCAGUAUCCCUGUUAAAUGUACAUGCCUACCUCAGUCACUCCAGUAGCCCUAUUAAAUGUACAUGCCUACCUCAAUCACUCCAGUAUCCCUGUUAAAUGUACAAGCCUACCUCAAUCACUCCAGUAGCCCUAUUAAAUGUACAUGCCUACCUCAAUCACUCCAGUAGCCCUGUUAAAUGUACAAGCCUACCUCAAUCACUCCAGUAUCCCUGUUAAAUGUACAUGCCUACCUCAGUCACUCCAGUAGCCCUAUUAAAUGUACAUGCCUACCUCAAUCACUCCAGUAGCCCUGUUAAAUGUACAAGCCUACCUCAAUCACUCCAGUAUCCCUGUUAAAUGUACAUGCCUACCUCAAUCACUCCAGUAUCCCUGUUAAAUGUACAUGCCUACCUCAAUCACUCCAGUAGCCCUAUUAAAUGUACAAGCCUACCUCAAUCACUCCAGUAGCCCUGUUAAAUGUACAUGCCUACCUCAAUCACUCCAGUAGCCCUAUUAAAUGUACAAGCCUACCUCAAUCACUCCAGUAGCCCUGUUUACAUGUACAUGCCUACCUCAAUCACUCCAGUAUCCCUGUUAAAUGUACAUGCCUACCUCAAUCACUCCAGUAGCCCUAUUAAAUGUACAAGCCUACCUCAAUCACUCCAGUAUCCCUGUUAAAUGUACAUGCCUACCUCAAUCACUCCAGUAGCCCUAUUAAAUGUACAAGCCUACCUCAAUCACUCCAGUAUCCCUGUUAAAUGUACAUGCCUACCUCAAUCACUCCAGUAGCCCUAUUAAAUGUGCAAGCCUAACUCAAUCACUCCAGUAGCCCUGUUAAAUAUACAUGCCUAUCUCAAUCACUCCAGUAGCCCUAUUAAAUGUACAAGCCUACCUCAAUCACUCUAGUAGCCCUGUUAAAUGUACAUGCCUACCUCAAUCACUCCAGUAGCCCCCCUUGGCAUUUUUCCUAUUUUGUUGCCUUACAACCUGGAAUUAAAAUAGAUUUUUGGGGGGGUUGUAUCAUUUGAUUUACACAACAUGCCUAACAGUUUGAAGAUGCAACAUAUUUUUUUGGGUGAAACAAACAAGAAAAAAUACAAAAAAUACAGAACUUGAGCAUGUGUAACUAUUCACCCAUCCCAAAGUCAAUACUUUGUAGAGCCACCUUUUGCAGCAAUUACAGCUGCAAGUCUCUUGGGGUAUGUCUCUAUAACAUUUUACAUUUAAGUCAUUUAGCAGACGCUCUUAUCCAGAGCGACUUACAGGAGCAAUUAGGGUUAAGUGCCUUGCUCAAGGGCACAUUAACGUCAUUUAGCGGACGCUCUUAGCCAGAGCGACUCACAAAUUGGUGCGUUCACCCUAUAGCCAGUGGGAUAACCACUUUACAAUUGGGGGGGGGGGGGGGGGUGGAAGGAUUCCUUCAUCCUAUCCCAGGUAUUCCUUAAAGAGGUGGGGUUUCAAAUGUCUCCGGAAGGUGGUGAGUGACUCCGCUGUCCUGGCGUCGUGAGGGAGCUUGUUCCACCAUUGGGGUGCCAGAGCAGCGAACAGUUUUGACUGGGCUGAGCGGGUACUAUGCUUCCGCAGAGGAAGGGGAGCCAGCAGGCCAGAGGUGGAUGAGCGCAAUACUCUCGUUUGGGUGUAGGGACUGAUCAGAGCCUGAAGGUACAGAGGUGCCGUUCCCCUCACUGCUCCAUAGGCAAGCACCAUGGUCUUGUAGCGGAUGCGAGCUUCAACUGGAAGCCAGUGGAGUGUGCGGAGGAGGGGGGGUGACGUGAGAGAACUUGGGAAGGUUGAACACCAGACGGGCUGCGGCAUUCUGGAUGAGUUGUAGGGGUUUAAUGGCACAGGCAGGGAGGCCAGCCAACAGCGAGUUGCAGUAGUCCAGACGGGAGAUGACAAGCGCCUGGACCAGGACCUGUGCCGCUUCCUGUGUAAGGCAGGGUCGUACUCUCCGAAUGUUGUAGAGCAUGAACCUGCAGGAGCGGGUCACCGCCUUGAUGUUGGCGGAGAACGACAGGGUGUUGUCCAGGGUCACGCCUAGGCUCUUCGCACUCUGGGAGGAGGACACAGCGGAGUUGUCAACCGUGAUGGCGAGAUCAUGGAACGGGCAGUCCUUCCCCGGGAGGAAGAGCAGCUCCGUCUUGCCAGGGUUCAGCUUGAGGUGGUGAUCCGUCAUCCAUACUGAUAUGUCUGCCAGACAUGCAGAGAUGCGAUUCGCCACCUGGUUAUCAGAAGGGGGAAAGGAGAAGAUUAGUUGUGUAUCGUCAGCGUAGCAAUGAUAGGAGAGACCAUGUGAGGAUAUGACAGAGCCAAGUGACUUGGUGUAUAGGGAGAAAAGGAGAGGGCCUAGAACUGAGCCUUGGGGGACACCAGUGGUGAGAGCACGUGGUGCGGAGACAGCUUCUCGCCACGCCACUUGGUAGGAGCGACCGGUCAGGUAGGACGCAAUCCAGGAGUGAGCCGCGCCGGAGAUGCCCAGCUCGGAGAGGGUGGAGAGGAGGAUCUGAUGGUUCACAGUAUCAAAGGCAGCAGACAGGUCUAGAAGGACAAGAGCAGAGGAGAGAGAGUUAGCUUUAGCAGUGCGGAGAGUUUCCGUGACACAGAGAAGAGCAGUCUCAGUUGAAUGACCAGUCCUGAAACCUGAUUGGUUUGGAUCAAGAAGGUCAUUCUGAGAGAGAUAGCAAGAGAGUUGGCUAAAGACGGCACGCUCAAUAGUUUUGGAAAGAAAAGAAAGAAGGGAUACUGGUCUGUAGUUGUUGACAUCAGUGGGGUCGAGUGUUGGUUUUUUGAGAAGGGGAGCAACUCUCGCUCUCUUGAAGACGGAAGGGACAUGGCCAGCGGUCAAGGAUGAGUUGAUCAGCGAGGUGAGGUAGGGGAGAAGGUCACCGGAGAUGGUCUGGAGAAGGGAGGAGGGGAUGGGGUCAAGCGGGCAGGUUGUUGGGCGGCCUGCAGUCACAAGUCGCAGGAUUUUAUCUGGAGAGAGAGGGGAGAAAGAAGUCAAAGCAUAGGGUAGGGCAGUGUGAGCAGGACCAGCAGUGUCAUUAGACUUAACAAACGAGGAUCGGAUGUCGUCAACCUUCUUUUCAAAGUGGUUGACGAAGUCAUCCACAGAGAGAGGGGGGAGGAGGAUUCAGGAGGGAGGAAAAUGUGGCAAAGAGCUUCCUAGGGUUAGAGACAGAUGCUUGGAAUUUAGAGUGGUAGAAGGUGGCUUUAGCAGCAGAAACAGAUGAAGAAAAUGUAGAGAGGAGGGAGUGAAAAGAUGCCAGGUCGGCAGGGAGUUUAGUUUUCUUCCAUUUCCGCUCCGCUGCGCGGAGCUCUGUUCUGUGAGCUCGCAAUGAGUCAUCAAGCCACGGAGCUGGAGGGGAGGACCGAGCCGGCCGGGAGGAUAGGGGACACAGAGAGUCAAAGGAUGCAGAAAGGGAGGAGAGGAGGGUUGAGGAGGCAGAAUCAGGAGAUUGGAGGGAGAAGGAUUGAGCAGAGGGAAGAGAUGAUAGGAUGGAAGAGGAGAGAGUAGUGGGAGAGAGAGAGCGAAGGUUGCGGCGGCGCAUUACCAUCUGUGUAGGGGCAGAGUGAGUAGUGUGGGAGGAGAGCGAGAGAGAAAAGGAAACAAAGUAGUGGUCGGAGACAUGGAGGGGAGUUGCAGUGAGAUUAGUAGAGGAGCAGCAUCUAGUGAAGAUGAGGUCAAGCGUAUUGCCUGCCUUGUGAGUAGGGGGGGACAGUGAGAGGGUGAGGUCAAAAGAGGAGAGGAGUGGAAAGAAGGAGGCAGAGAGAAAUGAGUCAAAUGUGGACAUAGGGAGGUUGAAAUCCCCCAAAACUGUGAGGGGUGAGCCAUCCUCAGGGAAGGAACUUAUCAAGGCGUCAAGCUCAUUGAUGAACUCUCCAAGGGAACCUGGAGGGCGAUAGAUGACAAGGAUAUUAAGCUUAAAUGGGCUAGUGACUGUGACAGCAUGGAAUUCAAAUGAGGAGAUAGACAGAUGGGUUAGGGGAAAAAUUGAGAAUGUCCACUUGGGAGAAAUGAGGAUUCCUGUACCACCACCCCUCUGACCAGAUGCUCUCGGGGUAUGCGAGAACACAUGGUCAGACGAGGAGAGAGCAGUAGGAGUAGCAGUGUUUUCAGUGGUGAUCCAUGUUUCCGUCAGCGCCAGGAAGUCGAGGGACUGGAGGUUGGCAUAGGCUGGGAUGAAGUCAGCUUUGUUGGCAGCAGAACGGCAGUUCCAGAGGCUGCCUGCGACCUGGAACUCCACGUGGGUGGUGCGUGCAGGGACCACCAGGUUAGAGAGGCAGCAGCCACGCGGUGUGGUGCGUUUGUGUAGCCUGUGCAGAGAGGAGAGAACAGGGAUAGGCAGAGGCAUAGUUGACAGGCUGUAGCAAAUGGCUACAAAAAUGCAGAGGAGAUCGGAAUGAAAUGAGCUAAGCAUCUGGGAGCGGAGAGAGCAGGGCCUCCCUCACCAAAAACUUCUACCUCAGAAACUAAAAUUGUUUCACUGAACCACCCGAACAAAAACUCUCCCAACUUCCACCUUUAGAAAUCAGAAUUGUUGUGAACCACAGCGGUUCAAUGUUUAAAGGAAUAGACUCAACCCACUUUAUUCAACUAUGACACCAUAGCUAACUAGCAAGCUAGCAUCCAAUAACAAUAACACACCGUAUAGCACCAACCCUUGGUCACAACAAACCACCAAUAGUGUGAUAACACACUAAACAGAUCAUUAGUGUCUGUGUCAAGUUCCUUUCAUGACGCAGCAAUGAUUAGACGUUGGCUAGCUAGGACAAGUAUAUUGUAUUUAGCUACUACCGUACAGUUAGCUGGUCGUGUUGGGUAGCUAGCAAUGGCCACUGUGUUGACUUUGUUUGAAGAACGGCUAGCCAGCUAGCUUCGUGCUACACCCGGCACACAAUGGCUAUUGUGUUGACUCUGACUCUGUUCGAAAAAACGGCUAGGUAGCUCGCUUCGUGCUACAGCCGGCGCUGCCAAGACACAGAACGGCUAGCUAGCUAGCUUCGUGCUACACCCGGCACACAAUGGCUAUUGUGUUGACUCUGACUCUGUUCGAAAAAAACGGCUAGGUAGCUCGCUUCGUGCUACAGCCGGCACUGCCAAGACACAGUAACUACCCACAACAACCCACGAUGCCUAGCUAUGACGCUGUAGCUAACUUGCAGGCUAGCAUCCAUUAACACACAAUUUAGCAUCAAUACUUGGUUACAACAAACUGCCAAGAGUGUGUUAGCACACUAAACAGAUAAUUCAAGUCCGUGUCUAGUUCCUUUCAUAACGCAUAACGCAGCAAAAAUUAAACGAUGGCUAGGACUACAUUAACAUUGGAAACAGCUCUCCAGCGUUGCUAAUCGAUACCAGUAGCUACCCGCUAGCUAGCUAGCCUCGUGCUUCGAUACUAACCUACAAUUACCUACGGAAACCUACAAUAACAACACUACUAACCUAUAAUAAAUACAAUACCUAACUACAGCUAACUACCUACCUACGAUCUAAUACAUGGUUAAGCUUUACUCAACACCAUAUGAGAAGCUUACCUCCUGCUUACCUCCAGCUAGAGAAAAACACGACCUCUCCCGACGCAUCUGCUUGCUCUCAUGACCCAUUUGCGACCAAGCUUUAACUUCCGUCUAUAAGCUUGGCACAUCUAGCCACUUGGAUUUUUGCCCAUUCUUCAAGGCAAAACUGCUCUAGCUCCUUCAAGUUGGAUGGGUUCUGCUGGUGUACAGCAAUCUUUAAGUCAUACCACAGAUUCUCAAUUGGAUUGAGGUCUGGGUUUUGACUAGGCCAUUCCAAGACAUUUAAAUGUUUCCCCUUAAACCACUCAAGUGUUGUUUAGCAGUAUGCUUAGGGUCAUUGUCCUGCUGGAAGGUAAACCUCCAUCCCAGUCUCAAAUCUCUGGAAGACUGAAACAGAUUUCCCUCAAGAAUUUCCCUGUAUUUAGUGCCAUCCAUCAUUCCUUCAAUUCUGACCAGUUUCCCCAGUCCCUGCUGAUGAAAAACAUCCCCACAGCAUGAUGCUGCCACCACGCUUCACUUUGAGGAUGGUGUUCUCGGGGUGAUGAAAGGUGUUGGGUUUGCGCCAGACAUAGGGUUUUCCUUGAUGGCCAAAAAGCUCAAUUUUAGUCUCAUUUGACCAGAGUACCUUCUUCCAUAUGUUUGGGGAGUCUCCCACAUGCCUUCUGGCGAACACCAAACGUGUUUACUUAAAAAGCAAUUGCUUUUUUCUGGACACUCUUCCGUAAAGCCCAGGGCUGUGGAGUGUACGUCUUCAAGUGGUCCUAUGGACAGAUAGUCCAAUCUCCGCAGUGGAGCUUUGCAGCUCCUUCAGGUUUAUCUUUGGUGUCUUUGUUGCCUCUCUGAUUAAUGACCUCCUUGCCUGGUCUGUGAGUUUUGGUGGGCGGCCCUCUCUUGGCAGGUUUGUUGUGUUGCUGUAUUCUUUCCAUUUUAUAAUAAUGGAUUUAAUGGUGCUCCGUGGGAUGUUCAAAGUUUCUGAUCUUUUUUUGAAACCCAACCCUGAUCUGUAUUUUCCACUACUUUGUCCCUGACCUGUUUGGAGAGCUCCUUGGUCUUCAUGGUGCCGCUUGCUUGGUGGUGCCCCUUGCUUAGUGAUGUUGCAGACUCUAGGGCCUUUCAGAACAGGUGUAUAUAUACUGAGAUCAUGUGACACUUAGAUUGCACACAAUUAUGUGACUUCUGAAGGUAAUUGGUUGCACUAGAUCUUAUUUAGGGGCUUCAUAGCAAAGGGGGUGAAUACAUAUGCACGCACCACUUUUCCGUUAUUUAUUUUUUGAAACAAGUAAUUUUUUUCAUUUCACUUCACCAAUUUUGACUAUUUUGUGUAUGUCCAUUACAUGAAAUCCAAAUAAAAUCCAUUUAAAUUACAGGUUGUAAUGCAACAAAAUAGGAAAAAUGCCAAGGGGGAUGAAUACUUUUGCAAGGCACUGUACAUGCCUACCUCAAUAAAUCCAGUAGCCCUGCACAUUGUAUUGAUGCUACUGGCACUGACCUUGUUUUCUUCUCGUAUUUCACUUGUGUUCUUCUUCUUCUUAUCGAUAUUACUACCUUUACUGUGCAUUGUUGGGAAAGAACUUGCAAGUUAAGCAUUUCACUGUACUGUUUUACACCUGCUGUAUCCUGUGCAUGUGACAAUAAAACUCACUCACUAACUCCUGUUUGUGUUCAGCCGUACAUUGUGGAGAUCUGUGACAGCCUGCGAGGGAUGAUCUUCCGGAAGUUCAUAGAGAGGUGAGACGGGGGAGAGGGAGGAGGAAGGUAGAAUAAAUAUGUUGCAUACUGGCCAGAAUAAUUAAUUUUUUCAUUGUCUCCAGAUUUAGAAGAAAAGAGCUUUAUUAUCCAUUCAUCCAUUUGUGUCGAAACGGAAAUGAGUUUCUCCACAGUCAGUAGGGCGGGGACUCCUCUACCUCUCCAACCUCUACGCCAACUGCUUUCCUUCUUUCUAUGUCUCUCUCUACCUCUCCAACCUCUAGGCUAACUGCUUUCCUUCUUUCUGUCUCUCUCUACCUCUCCAACCUCUAGGCCAACUGCUUUCCUUAUUUCUAUGUCUCGCUCUACCUCUCCAACCUCUAGGCCAACUGCUUUCCUUCUUUCUAUGUCUCUCUCUACCUCUCCAACCUCUAGGCCAACUGCUUUCCUUCUUUCUGUCUCUCUCUACCUCUCCAACCUCUAGGCCAACUGCUUUCCUUCUUUCUAUGUCUCUCUCUACCUCUCCAACCUCUAGGCCAACUGCUUUCCUUCUUUCUAUGUCUCGCUCUACCUCUCCAACCUCUAGGCCAACUGCUUUCCUUCUUUCUGUCUCUCUCUACCUCUCCAACCUCUAGGCCAACUGCUUUCCUUCUUUCUGUCUCUCUCUACCUCUCCAACCUCUAGGCCAACUGCUUUCCUUCUUUCUAUGUCUCUCUCUACCUCUCCAACCUCUAGGCCAACUGCUUUCCUUAUUUCUGUCUCUCUCUACCUCUCCAACCUCUAGGCCAACUGCUUUCCUUCUUUCUGUCUCUCUCUACCUCUCCAACCUCUAGGCCAACUGCUUUCCUUCUUUCUGUCUCUCUCUACCUCUCCAACCUCUAGGCCAACUGCUUUCCUUCUUUCUAUGUCUCUCUCUACCUCUCCAACCUCUAGGCCAACUGCUUUCCUUCUUUCUGUCUCUCUCUACCUCUCCAACCUCUAGGCCAACUGCUUUCCUUCUUUCUGUCUCUCUCUACCUCUCCAACCUCUAGGCCAACUGCUUUCCUUCUUUCUGUCUCUCUCUACCUCUCCAACCUCUAGGCUAACUGCUUUCCUUCUUUCUGUCUCUCUCUACCUCUCCAACCUCUAGGCCAACUGCUUUCCUUCUUUCUAUGUCUCUCUCUACCUCUCCAACCUCUAGGCCAACUGCUUUCCUUCUUUCUAUGUCUCGCUCUACCUCUCCAACCUCUAGGCCAACUGCUUUCCUUCUUUCUAUGUCUCGCUCUACCUCUCCUCAUUGUUCUUUUUUUCUCUCUCUUUCAUCAGUGACAAGUUCACUCGUUUCUGCCAGUGGAAGAAUGUGGAGCUGAACAUCCAUGUGAGUAGCGUUGUAUUUUGUGUGCGUGGUAUUGUAACUUACUGUAUGGAUCGUAUUGAUGUUUUGCCUGUGGAAGGCCUUUCUAUGACCUCUUCUUAUUGCCUACUGUCUGAAGUGUAACGUCAUAUCAGCUUCUUUCUCUUUCUCUCCAUUUCGCUCUCUUUCUACAUCUCCCUCUCUCUCUCACUUUUUUAUCUCUCUCUCUCUCCUCUCUCCAGUUGACGAUGAAUGACUUCAGUGUCCAUCGUAUCAUUGGUCGGGGGGGUUUCGGGGAGGUGUACGGCUGCAGGAAGGCUGACACUGGCAAGAUGUGAGUAUGCAGGAGCAUAAACGAGUACCGAGAAAGAGGGAUGGUUAAAGUGGAGAAAGUAAACAUAAGAGCCAACCGGAACAAUGGGCUCUCAGCAGUAGAGCACCAGUAAGGUCAAAUACAUGUUAAUGAUUGUGUGUGUAUCAGGUAUGCCAUGAAGUGUUUGGAUAAGAAGAGGAUCAAGAUGAAGCAGGGAGAGACUCUGGCUCUGAACGAGAGAAUAAUGCUGUCACUUGUCAGCACAGGGGUGAGUAUAACACACACCUUUCUGUCCAGACUCUGUCUAUACAUAUGUAUAUUCACAUACACAGUGCAAAGGAGUAUCAUUUUCAGAUUGACCUAUGUCUGACAUUAUCUAAGCACAUUUAAAACAUCUAUUCCCUCUUUCUUUCCCUCAACCCCUCCCGCUUUCUCUCUAGGACUGUCCGUUCAUAGUGUGUAUGACGUAUGCCUUCCACACACCAGACAAACUCUGCUUCAUUCUGGAUCUGAUGAACGGUAAGACUCCUGACCCCUGAAAGGUGAAAGGUCUCAACUAGUUUGACCUGCAGGUGAGACUCCAGUCACCAGGAGGAGUCUCAUUGUAGAGGUCUGUCCCACUGAGGAGCAUGUUGAAGUACACUGUCACACAGAAUGGGACAGGGCAUCACUGGUGGCUCUCUGCUCCCUCUGGGCUGACGCGCCACUCAGACAGUCUCUGGUGUGGGUGUGGGGGUUAAGAAGGCUGCAGCUCCAGACAAUCUCUAAUGGAUUCAGUCUGCGGGUGGUAACACACUGACCAUGGAUCACAUUUAGACAGCAGUUAACACACACACACUGACCAUGGAUCACAUUUAGACAGCAGUUAACACACACACACUGACCAUGGAUCACAUUUAGACAGCAGUUAACACACACACACUGACCAUGGAUCACAUUUAGACAGCAGUUAACACACACACACUGACCAUGGAUCACAUUUAGACAGCAGUUAACACACACACUGACCAUGAAUCACUUUUAGACAACACUUAAGACACACACACUGACCAUGAAUCACUUUUAGACAGCAGUUAACACACACACACUGACCAUGAAUCACUUUUAGACAACACUUAAGACACACACACUGACCAUGAAUCACUUUUAGACAGCAGUUAACACACACACACUGACCAUGAAUCACUUUUAGACAGCAGUUAACACACACACACUGACCAUGAAUCACUUUUAGACAACAGUUAAGACACACACACUGACCAUGAAUCACUUUUAGACAACAGUUAACACACACACACUGACCAUGAAUCAGGGUCCCCGGUAGCUCAGUUGGUAGAGCAUGGCGCUUGCAACGCCAGGGUUGUGGGUUCGUUUCCCACGGGGGGCCAGUAUGAAAAUGUAUGCACUCACUAACUGUAAGUCGCUCUGGAUAAGAGCGUCUGCUAAAUGACUAAAAUGUUAAAAUGUAAAAUGGAUCACAUUUAGACAGCAGUUAACAUAAUGACUGAGCUAUCGAUUAGACUAUAGCUCUGAACAUUCACUAUGAUAUCACUGUGUGCUGCCUUAUUCUGUGUGUGUGUGUCUUGGGGGGGGAAUCUAGAUCAUACUGAUAAAUUGGGUCAUACUUCUUAUUAGGUCAUGCUGACUCACCCCUGUGUGUGGGAAGGGACGGUUACACUCAGCACGAUAUUUUCAGUGACUGGUAUUAACUGUGUGUUUGUUUGUGUGUGUGUGUAUGUAGUAGGGGGCCUGUGUUACCACCUGUCUCAACACACUGUGUUCAGUGACUGUUUUUCCCCCUCUGUGUGUGUGUGUGUGUGUGUGUGUGUGUGUGUGUGUGUGUGUGUAGUAGGGGGCCUGUGUUACUACCUGUCUCAACACACUGUGUUCAGUGACUGUUUUUUCCCCCUCUGUGUGUGUGUGUGUAGGAGGGGACCUGCACUACCACCUGUCUCAGCACACUGUGUUCAGUGACUGUUUUUCCCCCUCUGUGUGUGUGUGUGUGUGUAGUAGGGGGCCUGUGUUACCACCUGUCUCAGCACACUUUGUUCAGUGACUGUUUUUUCCCCCUCUGUGUGUGUGUGUGUAGGAGGGGACCUGCACUACCACCUGUCUCAGCACACUUUGUUCAGUGACUGUUUUUUCCCUCUGUGUGUGUGUGUGUAGGAGGGGACCUGCACUACCACCUGUCUCAGCAUGGUGUGUUCAGUGAGAAGGAGAUGCGUUUCUAUGCAGCAGAGAUCAUCCUGGGACUAGAACACAUGCACAACCGCUUCGUAGUCUACAGAGACCUCAAGGUAGGGCACUCCAUACCUCCUUUUAAUCACCUCCCCCCUCUUUCUGUUUUUUCUGUCUACAUAGACCUCAGACUGGUGUAUACCUCCUUUAUUUUUAUUGAUCCUUCCCUCACAUUCUCAUCUCAUCUCUCUCUCUCUCUCUCUCUCUCUCUGUCUCUCUAUCUCUCUCUCUCUCUCCUCUCUCUCUCUCCUCUCUCUCUCUCUCUCUCUCUCUCUCUCUCUCUCUCUCUCUCUCUCUCUCUCUCUCUCUCUCUCUCUCUCUCUCUCUCUCUCUCUGGACAAUGUGGACAUCUGUCUUAAUUUGUUCCUCUCCUGUGUUAUUGAUUCCCAUGAAUUGAGUACUAACGAGUCACGAGCGGACAUUGACGACAGACCAAAUCAAUAAGCACAUUCUAAGAACUGUUAACAGAUGCUUCUACUUGGGCCUGGUUGCCGUUAGUAACAGUGUUGAGAUAUGGAGUCUGUGCAGAAUCAGAGAGCACCUUUAUAACUAGUGAUAAACACACAUUUCUCAUGGGAAGGCUUCUUAGGAAAUAUAGCGUGCACAGGCAGUUUUGGGACAGAAUAGCGUGUGUGUGUGUGCUACUAGAUUUAGUAGCUGGGUCAAAUGGCUGAAGAUAAGCAGUAUACUUCCUGUAAAUGAUGAGAAAGGGAGAGAUGCGACACUCCAAAUUCACAUGUUUUCAUUUCAGUUGAUGUCCGUUGAUCAAGUUGUAAACAGAAGUGCUGCUAUGAUAUGCUGGCUGGCCCAGCAAUGGAAGAUAUGAUGAUAUUAGACUUGUUGACCUCUAGUCUAACUCGCGCUCUCUUCAUGUCAAAGCCAAGUUCUUCUAAAGUUAUUUGUUGUUUCCUACAUAGUUAUCGAUGUCAAUAACCUCUUCCUCCCUCUCUCUCUCUCUCUCUCUCUCUCUCUCUCUCUCUCUCUCUCUCUCUCUCUCUCUCUCUCUCUCUCUCUCUCUCUCUCUCUCUCUCUCUCUCUCUCUCUCUCUCUCUCUCUCUCUCUCUCUUUCAGCCUGCUAACAUCCUAUUGGAUGAGCAUGGUCAUGUGCGUAUCUCAGACCUGGGUCUGGCCUGUGACUUCUCCAAGAAGAAACCUCACGCCAGCGUGUGAGUACACUGCCCUGUGUGUGUGCAGCCCUACAUAGUAGGGGUCCAACACACACACACACACACACACCCUACCCCUGUUCUAUUAUUAUGAUAACCAUGACCAUUGGUAUUUAUGUGUGUGGUAUUACUGCAGUGUGUAUGAUACUAACAGUCUCCUGGUGUGUUACAGUGGUACCCAUGGGUACAUGGCCCCAGAGGUGCUUCAGAAGGGGACGGCGUAUGACAGCAGUGCUGACUGGUUCUCACUGGGCUGCAUGCUCUUCAAACUGCUCCGAGGGUAAGGUCACACACACAUACACCUCCCUCUCUUGUCUCUCCAUCCCGCCUCUAUUCAUCCACCUCUCUAUAUCCUUUCAUCACUACUACAUCCCCUCCUCUAUCAUUCUUUCUGCCCUUCCAUCUCUCUCUCCACCCACUACCACAUGUUACUCAAUCUCUCUCUCUGUUGGUCAGACCGCUGCAUCCCCUCAUAUCUCUCUAAUUUCUCUCCCUUAAUCUCUCUACCCCUGUGAUCCCUCCUUCCAGCCUUGAUUGGAUCUCUCUCUCUCUCUCUCUCUCUCUCUCUGUUAUCUGUUACUCUUUUUGUAUUUUCUGUGUCUGUCCCUCUCACCCACUCCCUAUCUCUUUUUCUGUGUGUUUUGAUGUGGAGUGUGUAAAUGCCAGAGGUCUGGGCCCAGUAGGUCACACAUCAGAGGGAGGCAGGGUUUGGGGGCCAGUAACGAUUGCUAGGUAUGGUGUGAAGCGAGGGAGUGAGAAAGAGUGUCAGUGCAUUUGAACACGUCAAAGACGAGAGCGAGAGGGAGAGCAAGAGAUGUAAGUGUGAUCUGCUUUGGCAUACUUGAUCUGCUGAGGACUAGCUUGUCAGUGUGACAUCACUCACAUGACUUCUUUCACUGUUUCACCGUUUCCCACACUCUUUCCCUCCUUCCAGCUCCCCCCACUACAGUAACACUAACAGCCAGUCUCUCUUCCUCUCUAUUUUCUCUCUAGGCACAGUCCCUUCAGACAGCACAAGACCAAAGACAAACAUGAGAUUGACCGCAUGACGCUCACUAUGGUAAGGCCUCCUUAUGCGCACACAAACACACGCUAUGAUAGAUCUUUGUGUACACUACAGUGCACACACACACACACAUACAUUGGGAUGUCCUUAUGCGCACUAGAACACACGGCAUGUGGUUAGUCCAUGUUGACACAGAACACAUAUACAGUACCAGUCAAAAGUUUGGACACCUACUCAUUCCAGGGCUUUUCUUUACUAUUUUCUACAUUGUAGAAUAAUAGUGAAGACAUCAAAGCUAUGAAAUAACACAUAUGGAAUUUAUAUAGUAACCAAAAAGGUGUUAAGUGUUAUAUUUUAGAUUCUUCAAAGUAGCCACGCUUUGCCUUGAUGACAGCUUUGCACACUCUUGGCAUUCUCUCAACCAGCUUCACCUGGAAUGCUCUUCCAACAUUCUUGAACGAGUUCCCACAUAUGCUGAGCACUUGUUGGCUGCUUUUCCUUCAUUCUGUGGUCCAACUCAUCCCAAACCAUCUCAAUACGGUUGAGGUCGGGUGAUUGUGGAGGCCAGGUCAUCUGAUGCAGCAUUCCAUCACUCUCCUUCUUGGUCAAAUAGCCCUUACACAGCCUGGAGGUGUGUUGGGUCAUUGUCCUGUUGAAAAACAAAUGAGCUGUCAUCAAGUCAAAGGGUGGCUACUUGUUUUGUUUAACACUUUUUUGGUUACUACAUGAUUCCAUAUGUGUUAUUUCAUAGCUUUGAUGUCUUCACUAUUAUUAUACAGUGUAGAAAAUAGUAAAAAUUAAGAAAAACCCUUGAAUGAGUAGGUGUGUCCAAACUUUUGACUGGUACUGUGUAUGUGUGUAUGUAUGUAUGUGUAUAUAUAUGUAGGUCCUCCAGAAAGUAUUCAUACCCCUUGAUUUAUUCAACAUUGUUGUUACAGCCUGAAUUCAAAAUGGAUUAAGUAGAUUUAAAAAAGUCUCACUCAUCUACACACAAUGCCCCAUAAUGGAAAAAGUGAAAACAUGUUUUUAGAAAUGUUUGCAAAUGUAUUGAAAAGGAAAUGAAGAAAUAUCUCAUUUACAUAAGUAUUCACACCCCUGAGUGAGUUCUUUGUAGAAUCACCUUUUGCAGCCAUUACAGCUCUGAGUCUUUCUGGGUAAGUCUCUAAGAGCUUUCCACACCUGGAUUGUGCAACAUUCGGCCAUUAUUCUUUUCAAAAAUGUUCAAGCUCUGUCAAAUUGGUUGUUUAUCAUUGCUAGAUAACCAUUUACAUGUCUUGCCAUAGAUUUUCAAGUAGAUUUAAGUCAAAACUGUAGCUCUGCCACUCAAGAACAUUUACUGUCUUCUUUGCAAGCAACUCCACUGUAGAUUUGGCCUUGUGUUUUAGGUUAUUGUUCUGCUGAAAGUUGAAUUCAUCUCCCAGUGUCUGGUGUAAAGCAGACUGAACCAGGUUUUCCUCUAGGAUUUUGCCUGUGCUUAGCUCCAUUCCAUUAAUUAUUUUAUCCUGAAAAACUCCCCAGUCCUUAACAAUUACAAACAUACCCGUAAUAUGAUGCAGCUACCACUAUGCUUGAAAAUUCGGAGAGUAGUACUCAGUGAUGUUUUGUAUUGGAUUUGCCCCAAACAUAACACUUUGUAUUCAGGACUAAAGGUAAAUAGCUUUGCCACAUUUCUUACAGUAUUACAUUUGACAUUUUAAUCAUUUAGCAGACGCUCUAAUCCAGAGCGACUUAGUUAGUGCAUUUAUUAAGUACAUUUUUCCUCAAUAAAGUACUCAAAACAGUAAAGUACGAGUGUUAGUUCAAAUAGGAUGCAUGUUUUGGAAUAUUUUUCAUUCUGUACAGGCUUCCUUUUCACUCUGUCAAUUAGGUUAGUAUUGUGGAGUAACUACAAUGUUGUUGAUCCAUCCUCAGUUUUCUCCUAUCACAGCCAUUAAACUCUGUAACUGUUUUAAAGUCACCAUUGGCCUCAUGUUGAAAUCCCUGAGUGGUUUCCUUCCUCUCCGGCAACUGAGUUAGGAAGGACACCUGCAUCUUUGUAGUGACUGGGUAUAUUGAUACACCAUCCAAAGUAUAAUUAAUAACUUCACCAUGCUCAAAGGGAUAUUCAAUGUCUGCUUUUUUAUUUUUCCUUCUUUGCAAGGCAUUGAAAAACCUCCCUGGUCUUUGUGGUCGAAUCUGUGUUUUAAAUUCACUGCUGGACUGGGGGACCUUACAGAUAAGGGACCUUACAGUGUCGGGUACAGAGAUGAGGUAGUCAUUCAAAAAUCAUGUUAAACACUGUUAUUGCACACAGAGUGAGUCCAUACUACUUAUUAUGUGACUUGUUAAUCACAUUACUCCUUAACUUAUGUAGGCUUGCCAUAACGAAGGGGUUGAAUACAUUCACUCAAGCGAUUUCAGCUUUUCAUUUGUAUUAAUUUGUACAAAUAUUAAAUGAUAAUAACAUAAAUCCACUGACAUUAUGGGGUAUUGUGUGUAGGCCAGUGACAAAACUUCUCAGUUUUAAUAAAUUUUGUAUUCCGGCUUUAACACAACAACAUGUGGAAAAAGUCGAGGGGUGUGAAUACUUUCUGAAGGUACUGUACACUCAUAAUAAGGAUUUAUCCUUAAAUACACUGAAACAUAAGCGCGUAACACACACCCCUACAGCAUUACAUAUCCUGGAGAUAUCAUCUUCACAGAUGUUGCAGAAAACCUCCUGCCAAGUCUCUGUCUCAUAAUGCCCAGGGAAUGAGAGCGAGGCAGGAGGGCGAGAGCGGGAGAAUUGAGAAGAGGUUCUGGCAGGAAAGAGGGCGAAUUUGCAUCCCUCUCUCUUCCUGCUACAAACCGCAUAAGAUUACACCACAGAGAGAGAGGCAUAGAGAGAGAGCGUGUGUGUCUCCUAGCAUAGACUACGAGGGGAGGUCUAGACGAGCGGUGCCAGACCCUCUUGGGAAGCUACCCUCCCGCAGGGUUUCGUUGCAGCUACUCCUCAGGACCACGAUUAGCUGAAUCAGGUGUUAGAGCGGGGCUGGAACAAAAACCUGCACAUCCAUUAGUUCUCCUGGAAGAGGGUUGGUCACACCUGGUCUUGACUAGAGUAUGUCUACUUCAGACUAGAAGGUCUGCCUCAGUAGACUGUGGAGUAUCAGAGCAGAGAGAACACACACCAGCCCUCUGUUAGGAGGGGGCUAAACAAGGAAAGCAUCGUCAAUCGAGAUUAAAUCCAGAUUAGGUUUUAAUCCAGCCACUUAAUCGGAGUAAUCUAUAUAAUCCCUGUAUCUCCCCCUCUCUCUGUCUGUUCUCCAUAGCUAGUUAUGUUUAGGAAUUCUGAUUUAAUGGUUUUAUAAGAUCAACAUGAGAUCACCACCAAAGGUAGAGGGCUUGGAAUGAGAGCAAAUUAUGGUGGAGGAUUGAGUGGACAUACAAUGGAACUAACAAGGAAUGAUGGAUCACACAUUCUCUUCUUCCCUCUCCAUUUUCAGUACAUAUUGAAUAAGCUUUAUUGUCAUGAUAAAUCAAGUCAGUAUCUUAUGUUGUUAAAGCAGGAAAUGAUACUAAUCUCCUCCUCUCUUUAUCGCUAUCUCUUUCUCUCUCCUCUCUGUAGAAUGUGGAGUUGCCCGACUCGUUCUCUGUGGAGUUGAAGGGUCUAUUGGAGGGUCUGCUCCAGAGAGACGUGGUGAAAAGACUGGGCUGCCUGGGACGAGGGUACACACCCACACCCUGCUACCACUAACAUUGUUUUACAAUCAUUGAUGUUAAUGUUAGGUUUUAGCUGAGUAAAGAAACUUCAACCUUGGACUGCAUACUCCUUAAACAGUUUUUAACUGUUCUGGGCUAGCCAUUGUUUUUCAGUGCACCAAUAGAGUUACCAUGCACCUGUGCUGAGCAACAUGAUUUAACAUUUCCAUUGCUUCUCUGUCCAACCUUGUGGAGGGUAUAAGGCCUAGUGCGAAUACUAUGAAAGGCCAAUAAGAUAUAAUAGUCUGUAACCUAGUUUGGAGAGCACAGUUCAAUUUGGAGUUUGGUUCUCUGUUGGAAAUACUGCCACCUGCUGUUAGGACGUGGAACUGUUCCAACGUGAGAAUGACCUGGCUUUUUCUCUCUCGCUUUUUCUCUCUCGCUCCCUCUCCACACACACACACACACACACACACACACACACAGGGCCCCAGAGGUGAAGGAGCAUCUGUUCUUCAAAGGCAUUGACUGGCAGCAAGUGUAUCUCCAGAAGGUAAGGCGUGUGUGUUGAAUCAGGUGACCAGGUUCAUUAUAAAGCCUCCCAGUCUGGACAGUCGUCCGUGCUCUCUCGUUCUCUCUAUCUGUUGCCAUGGUUACUCCUCUGCUGUAGGAGUGUAGUAGUUGUUGUGUUGUUCACUCACCCUCUUUUUUUCCUCUCCUUUUAUACUCAUCCACCUUUCUCUCUUCCUUCUCCUCCUCCUCCCUCUCUCCUCUCCUCCAGUAUUCUCCCCCUCUCAUCCCUCCUAGAGGAGAGGUAAAUGCAGCAGAUGCUUUUGACAUCGGUUCCUUUGACGAGGAGGACACCAAGGGCAUCAAGGUAAAGCUCAAACACACACACACACAACCCUUAUCUCAUGAAACCACCAAGAGCAUCAAAGUAAAAUCCACAGCAUUAUAUAACAGCUAAACCCGUAAUCCUGAUAUUCACACUCACCUACAUCAUACUGCAACCACACAUGCACACAGACACGGAGGCUGAGGUGUAACGUGACUCCAUCAGUGUUAAGAGAGAAAGUCCUUCCAGCAGAGGUUUAACAUUACACAACAGUAUUAGGGACUUUGGGAGCGUUCCAGGUUGCCUUAAUUACAGUGGUGCUGCACAGCUUAGCAGAUCUCAAGGACUGGUGACGUGGUUAACUCAGGAGUUAGCCUCAUACCUCAUACCUGUGUCGUUUCUCUCUCUCAUUCUCUCUCACUCCCCUCUCUCUCCCUUUCUUCCACCUCUCUCCCCUCUCCCUCCCUCUGAUUCUCUCCAGUUGUUGGACAGUGACCAGGAGCUGUAUAAGAACUUCCCCCUGGUAAUCUCAGAGCGCUGGCAGCAGGAGGUGGCUGAGACGGUGUACGAGGCGGUCAACUCUGACACGGACAAGAACGAGGCCCGCAAGAGGGCCAAGAACAAACAGCUGGGCCACGAGGAGGGUAAGGAGGAGAGACGCACACAGAGAGACACAGCUACACAAACACACACACAUCUACACAAAAACACACACAACGCACAUCUACACAAACACACACAUCUACACAAACACACACAUAACGCACAUCUACACAAACACACACAUAACGCACAUCUACACAAACACACACAUAACGCACAUCUACACAAACACACACAUAACGCACAUCUACACAAACACACACAUAACGCACAUCUACACAAACACACACAUAACGCACAUCUACACAAACACACACACAGUGCACAUCUACACAAACACACACACAAUGCACAUCUACACAAACACACAGUGCACAUCUACACAAACACACGACGCACAUCUACACAAACACACACACACGACGCACAUCUACACAAACACACACACACGACGCACAUCUACACAUCUACACACACACAAUGCACAUCUACACAAACACAAAACACACAUCUACACAAACACACAUCUACACAAACACACACCACACAUCUACACAAACACACACAUCUACACACACAACAAACAUCUACACAAACAUACACAACACACAUCUACACAACCACACACAACGCACAUCUACACAAACGCACAUACGACGCACAUCUACACAAACGCACAUUACACACACAUCUAUACAAACACACACAACACUACACAAACACACACAAGACACAUCUACACAACACACAAGACACAUCUACACAAACACACAAGACACAUCUACACAAACACACAAGACACACAUCUACACAAACACACAAGACACACAUCUACACAAACAAACACACACACGACGCACAUCUACACAAACACACACACACACACAACGCACAUCUACACAAACACACACAACGCACAUCUACACAUCUACACACACACAAUGCACAUCUACACAAAGACACAACACACAUCUACACAACACACAUCUACACAAACACACACCAACACAUGAUUACACAAAAAACACACUCAACAAUCUACACAAACCACACCAAAACAAUUAUACACAAACAACAAACCAACCCACACAUCUACCAACAAUAAAACCACCCCAACACAUAAACCAACAAACACACACAAAACCACACAUCUACACCCAAACACAACACAACAACACAACAUCUACACCAAAUACACAACACCAAACAUCUAACACACAACCACACACCACACCCAUCUACACAAACACAACACACGCACAAUCUACACAAACACACAGGACACACAAUCUACAUAGCCACAACACACGACAACACAUCUAACCACAAAAACACCAGAACACACAUUACCACAAACACACCUUACACAAACAACACCCACAACACUUAUCUACACAAAACACACCAUUACACAUCUACACAAAAACAACCCAAACACCACCUUACACAAACAACACAUCAACACAACCUACACAAACAUACACAAUCUACACACAAACACACAUCUACACCAACACAACACCACAUCUACACAAACAUACGCGACAAACAUCUACACAAACACACACACUACGCACAUCUACACAAACCCACACACGACGCACAUCUACAUAAACACACACAAGACACACAUCUACACAGACACACACAACACACAACACACAUCUACACAAACACACAAGACACACAUCUACACAAACACACACACGACGCACAUCUACACAAACACACACACACGACACACAUCUACACAAACACACACGACGCACAUCUACACAAACACACAACGCACAUCUACACACAACGCACAUCUACACACACACACAACCCACAUCUACACAAACACACAUAAUGCACAUCUACACAUCUAUACAAACACACAACACACAUCUAUACAAACACACAUCUACACAAACACACAACACACAUCUACACAAACACACACCACACAUCUACACAAACACACAACACACAUCUACACAAACACACAACACACAUCUACACAACACACAUCUACACAGACACACACACCACACAUCUACACAGACACACACGACACAUGUACACAGACACACACAACACACAUGUACACAGACACACACAACACACAUGUACACAGACACACAUGACACACAUCUACACAAACGCGACGCACAUCUACACAAACACACAACGCACAUCUACACAAACACAUAUCUACACAAACACACACGACGCACAUCUACACAAACACACACAUAACGCACAUCUACACAAACACACACAUAACGCACAUCUACACAAACACACACAUAACGCACAUCUACACAAACACACACAGUGCACAUCUACACAAACACACACACACAAUGCACACUUACACAAACCACACAGUGCACAUCUACACAAAACACACGACGCACAUUACACAAACACACACACACGACGCACAUCUACACAUCUACACACACACAAUGCACAUCUACACAAAGACACAACACACAUCUACACAACACACAUCUACACAAACACACACCACACAUCUACACAAACACACCACACAUCUACACAAACACACCACACAUCUACACAAACACACACAACACACAUCUACACAAAUACACACCCCACACAUCUACACAAACACACACAACACACAUCUACACAAACACACACAACACACAUCUACACAAAUACACACAACACACAUCUACACAAACACACACCACACAUCUACACAAACACACACAACGCACAUCUACACAAACACACAUGACACACAUCUACAUAGACACACACAAGACACACAUCUACACAAACACAGAACACACAUCUACACAACACACCUACACAAACACACACAACACAUAUCUACACAAACACACAUUACACAUCUACACAAACACACAACACACCUACACAAACACACACAACACACCUACACAAACAUACACAUCUACACAAACACACAUCUACACACACAACACACAUCUACACAAACAUACGCGACAAACAUCUACACAAACACACACACUACGCACAUCUACACAAACCCACACACGACGCACAUCUACAUAAACACACACAAGACACACAUCUACACAGACACACACAACACACAACACACAUCUACACAAACACACAAGACACACAUCUACACAAACACACACACGACGCACAUCUACACAAACACACACACACGACGCACAUCUACACAAACACACACGACGCACAUCUACACAAACACACAACGCACAUCUACACACAACGCACAUCUACACACACACACAACCCACAUCUACACAAACACACAUAAUGCACAUCUACACAUCUAUACAAACACACAACACACAUCUAUACAAACACACAUCUACACAAACACACAACACACAUCUACACAAACACACAACACACAUCUACACAAACACACAACACACAUCUACACAAACACACAACACACAUCUACACAACACACAUCUACACAGACACACACACCACACAUCUACACAGACACACACGACACAUGUACACAGACACACACAACACACAUGUACACAGACACACACAACACACAUGUACACAGACACACACGACACACAUCUACACAAACGCGACGCACAUCUACACAAACACACAACGCACAUCUACACAAACACAUAUCUACACAAACACACACGACGCACAUCUACACAAACACACACCGCACAUCUACACAAACACACAACAUACAUCUACACAAACACACAAAACACACAUCUACACAAACACACACAACGCACAUCUACACAAACACACACAACGCACAUCUACACAAACACACACACAACGCACACAAUUAUGUUAUAUUGCAGUCUUUCUACUGAUUUGUACGGAUGAUAUGAGUUGUGAUAUAACAAAACACUUGGAACACAGUACGCACUGUGGAACAUACUGUUGUUUUUAUAACUGUGUAGCCCUACCUCACACACAUCAUGUGGGUAGUCUUUUCCUUGUACCUGCUGACGCUGGGUUUGUUUAUUUUCUGGUAAUGGUGUUAAUGGUGUAUUUAAUGUGUGCGUUUCAGACUAUGCCCUGGGGAAGGACUGUAUAAUGCAUGGCUACAUGUUGAAGCUGGGUAACCCCUUCCUGACGCAGUGGCAGCGCAGAUACUUCUACCUGUUCCCCAACCGAGUGGAGUGGAGGGGAGAGGGAGAGUCACGGGUGAGCAACACACACCUCUACUUUACCCCAUCCCCUGUCUGUGUGUCUAAGUUGUGUCUAAGUUGUGUAUUCAGUUUGUGUGCUUCUGUUCUUCACGUAUGUGGUUGUCUGUCUGUCUGUGUGUUUCCACGUACAAGCAUGUGCUUCCAUGGGUGUGUAAGUGUGUGUAUUCUUCGUUAUUGUCCAUCUGUCUGUCAGUGCAUGAAGGUUGUCUGUCCUCGCUCCAUUCUGUAGGCCUGGAUAAAAACAUUAAAACAUACUGUAAAAGAUCCAAAGGUAAGUCUGACCACUGCUGGCCCACCCUCCUCCUCUCCUCCUGCAGUGGUCCAGUAGAUGGAUUGGAAUAGCUCCUCAGUUUUAAAGCUUUGCUACCAGACAGCCUUAGUUUAGAGAAGCGUCCUUCCUCUCCAGCUCAUUUCCAAAGACCCCUCUCCUCUAUAGCUCCAUUUUGAUUGGUCCAUCUCGUAGCCAGCUUGUCUGUGAUUGAUUCCUCUCCUCCCCAAAGUGAAUUUCUGAUUGGUUGGUGUAUGUUCAACAGCAAAACCUGCUGACGAUGGAGCAGAUUGUGACGGUGGAGGAGACACAGAUAAAAGAUAAGAAGUGCAUCCUGCUGCGCAUCAAAGGAGGGAAGCAGUUUGUCUUGCAGUGUGAGGUAUGUAGGAAAACUACUAGAUCUCUCUUUCUCCCCCCUUCUCGCUCCCUCUUUCUGUCUCUUCCUCGGUCUCUUCCUCUGUCCCUCGGUCUCUUCCUCUGUCCCUCCGUCUCUUCCUCUGUCCCUCUGUCUCUUCCUCUGUCCCUCUGUCUCUUCCUCUGUCCCUCGGUCUCUUCCUCUGUCCCUCUGUCUCUUCCUCUGUCCCUCAGUCUCUUCCUCUGUCCCUCGGUCUCUUCCUCUGUCCCUCUGUCUCUUCCUCUGUCCCUCUGUCUCUUCCUCUGUCCCUCGGUCUCUUCCUCUGUCCCUCGGUCUCUUCCUCUGUCCCUCUGUCUCUUCCUCUGUCACUCUGUCUCUUCGUCUCUAUAAAUGCAUGUAUAAAUGAUUGUACAAGUGGUAAGUUAGUAAAAUGGAAGGUGUGUGUUAUGUUGGUGUAAUAUGUGUGUUCUCUGUCUCUCUGCAGAGUGACCCAGAGUUUGUCCAGUGGAAGAAGGAGCUGACCGAGGCGUUUACUGAGGCCCAGAAGCUGCUGUGUCGCGCCCCUAAGGUCAUUGGGAAGGGUCGGGCUGGGGUGGUGGAGCUCUCCAAACCUCCUCUCACACACCGCAACAGCAAUGGCCUGUAG